AUGUAUAUUCUGCUGACCCCUUAUAGAACUACGAAUCGCAGACGCGGCACACCUGCCCAUCGAAGGUCGGACGAAUCCCUGUGGCAGCCCGGUGAAGACGACGAAAACGCCUCGGACUCGGAUGAAUUUACGAGUUUAAUUCCCCAAAGGGAAGUAAGCGCCACGAUUCGCGAAUCUAAAGCGUCCGAUGUACCUGUACGGCUGCCUAUCGACGAUCGAGAUAUCCAAAAGGCCAAGCUCGAUGCCCGUGCUCCGGUCUUCACAUACAAAGAGCAGUUCCCCAAGCUUGGCUUCUGUGGUCUGAUAGACAAAGCUUAUGAAACGUCUAGGGCUGCCAAUCAUCCUUUCUUUGGCCCCAAACACCACAAGAAGCCUCUCUCCACAUGGAAUACAUGGCUAGGAGAGGGAUAUGAGAUCCUGGCCAGUAUCCCUUCAAUUCUGUUGGAUGCACUCAUCGACGACACUUUGUCAGAUAAGAUGCACAGUCAGGACGCCCGACAUGGAGACUUGCAUCAUCUUCUGGAUGCAGAGGAACCAUGGUGUCUACGAGCGCAAGCCGAUUUUGCCCCAGUGAUUUACUGUCGAAUGCUGGUGGAUAAGUCUGGCGCCUCGCCUUCAGCACAGGAGUUACGGGUUGUGAUUUGCCGGCUGCGUCAAUACGUUUCCGGCGAUCAACUAUACGACCGACAGAAUUUAGACAUUGACAAUGCAUCACGAAAGCGUUCCACAGCGGCUUGUAUCAGGCAAGGCUUCCAUUUUCAUCUAAAUGGCAAGCGUGAGCGUAUCUCCCAGAUAUAUACAUUUUGCCAUGCCCUCGAAACCCACUUGGAUCAGUACUAUCCAGCGGGGAGUGUCCAGGCUCGCUUUCCUAUCAAAGAAAAAUUCAAAUACUUCGGAUUUUCAGCGAAUCAAAAGGAUCGUAGCAAGGCUCACGACCAGGGCAAUACAAACUUCAUCUCCUCACUGGUCGGCGACAUCUGUAAGAUGGAGGCUCGAAAGGCAGACCGUCUCGGCCAAGAAACCGCCUUCAAAUUCGAGAUUAGUACGUACAUCAUCGCUCAUCUUAAAUCAGAGCUUGAAUGUGCACUGGCCGAGGAGCUUCUCACUCGAAUAUGCAACGGCUACUACUCCACCGGAGUCGGCUUCAAUAUCGCUGCAGCAGGAAUCAGUAUUUCCGGUGCCGAUUUGGGAAACAGACUGCACAAGGAUGCUGUUGCACUGUGGGCCUCAUGUCAGCAAUUCCGCGAAACUGACAAACAAUUCAUUGUCCGGUGGAAUGACGACACUGAUUUGCGGCGACCUGCCUAUAAGAAAUGGAAGAUAGCACGAAAUAAACCUAGUCAAACACGUGCUAAAAGAAAGUCUCCGGUUGACCUGGACAAGGAAGAAGCUUUGAUUGCUGAGAUGGAGGGGCGGAUAAAAGAUUUGGUCAAGACCAACAACCCCAACUUCAACCGCUUGGCCGAGGAUAUGCGCAAGGCAACCGACCGGCUCAUUGACUCGUGCAAGAGGGCUAAACAAGCGGAAAACGGGGGCUGA